AUGAGUCAUUCCAAAGACCCAACCUUUCGAAACUACAAUAAAUCUCAAGCUACCCUCUACGCAGAGUCCCGUCGCUCAUACCCAGAUCAACUCUAUGACGCUAUUAUCCGCCACCAUACCGAGACAGGCGGACGGUUCGAUUCCCUUCUUGAUGUAGGAUGUGGGCAUGGGAACGCCACCCGUGAUUUGGCGCGGUUGUUCGAUACGGUUGUUGGGGUGGAUCCUAGUCCGCAGAUGAUAAAUACUGCACGUGAACUUGGAGGAGACACUUCUUCAGGGAAGCCGAUUCGAUUUGCCGUUGAAGCAGCAGAGAAAUGUUCCAGUGUAGAAGGAGUCGAAGGGGGUGUUGACCUUCUGAUCUCGGCUAUGGCGGCCCACUGGUUCUCAAUGCCUGAGUUCUGGGUCGAGGCAGCGAAGGCCGUUAGACCUGAAGGGACGGUUGCGUUGUGGACCUGCGCCUCGCUUUACUGCCACCCCUCUACGCCAAAUGCAACUGCAGUGCAAAACGCAUUGUAUCGCCUUGAGCGAGAGAUUCUCAAACCGUUUGAACUCCCGGGGAAUAAACUGUCGGCGGAUCUCUACGAUGAUUUACUAUUACCUUGGUUGCUGAGCUCUCCGGUGCCGUCUUUCCGGAAAGCAGAUUUCAUUCGUUUGGAAUGGGGUCGAGAUGGCAUCUUGUCUGAGGAGGAUGAUUUCUUGAUUGGUAAGGAUACUACGUUGCAUGAGCUUGAGAAGAGCCUUGGUACAGCUAGCAUGGUGACACGUUGGAGGGAGGCGAAUCUGGACCUAGUAAAUACGGAGGAUGAUUGCGUGAAGUGUACGAUGAGGGAGAUAUGGAAGGCAUUGGGUGAGGAGGUCGACCUGAGGGCUCAGUCAGCAAUAGAGCGCAUGGGAAAUUUGGUCUCGGAGGAGAACUUUGAAAAUGCAUCUUUUAUCUUCUUUGUCAAGGAUAAUAUUGUCUGCGUCCAGACCCAUGAGCCACUGGGUGGGCAUGAUAUCAUACUGUUUGAGUUACGUGAUAAGAUUAAAGGGGAGGUUCGCUGGCACCGCGAUCGUGGGUACGAUGCCAUCUCUAUGCUUGACACGAAACCGUACUGGUUCCGAUUCCAACUAUUUCACAUCAGGGUUCCCAUGGGUACCCCUGCUGCCACGCUUACCUACGAGUCUCUUCAAGACCUACAGGUACACCAUUCAUUUAAAGGGAGUCUUGAGUCAGAAUUGUAUUCCCUCACUCUUGACAGCGGUGCAGUUAUAGAAGGAGAGUUUCUAGAGUCAACAGCUACGAAAACCGAGGAUGUUGUGGGUGAUGGUAUCUGGAACCCUCCAGAUGAUGUGGGGGGCCCGGUUGACGAUGGUUAA